CCGCCAAGGACGAAAGACUCUGCCGUUGAGCGCUGGACACUCGGCCCCUCACUUGGUCUGGAAGCCUCGGAGGGCACGCAAGCAGCUGCGGCGGAGUUCCAGAACCGAGUCUUAGCGAGCCAGGAAGGAAUUACGCUACACAAGGAUUACUGUGAUAACUCGGAUCCUGGAUUAUUUAUGGUGAUCGGAGGACUCGCUCGGCUAUUUAUCGGUAAUUAGUAACUAGUGUUUGUGUGUGGAAACUGUUGCCACUAACACGGCAAUAGUGCCGUUUGAAAGAGAGCGAGCAGAGUGACCAGUGGAUGUUAUAGUGUUUGUGUGGUGAAUAUGGUGUUACCACGAUUGUGAUCGGUAAUGCUUCUCCAAAAGCCCGAUUAAAAGUCUGAUACACAAUAACACCUUAGCACGAACUUUAUUGGAUAUACUAUGUCGUCAAUUAGCAUCCCUAUCCGGCUAGUCCUCAACAGUAUUAGUGAGAGCGAGGCGAGUGGCAGCGCCCUUGUCACGCCGAUCCAGCACCGUCGCCGAGUUUCUCACGGACUCCCCUCCCAGCACCCGCACCGUCGGAGGAAGGUGAGCGCGCCGCCAGAGUUGCUGCAGCAUCUCGGAAGUGCCAUAACGCACGUUGCCGCCGCACACGCCAUUACAGGCGGCGCGAAUCCCGACCACGCGGACAGACCUCAUCCUGAGUUCAUCUUGAGCUUCGCCCCCGGUCAGACACACUUGUCUGAGGGCUUGUAUAGCGGCUCGGACUCCGGAGUACAGUCCGAGUAUUCCUCCUGGGCCGCGCCUGUGUCUGGCGUCAUCGGAAGAGACGUCUCCACGCCCGAGGUGAUCCACAAUUCAACCUCUGAAUCGAUUGACGACCUCGCCGAACGCCGCCAAACGAACGAAAACCAGGAGCAGGAUAUUAAAUAUUAUCAGUCGGACUCUGAUUGCGAGAGUAUCGACGACCUGCAAUCUCCACAGGCUACUCGGAAGUCUGUUGGAGGAAGUGGCAUGAACAACCCCGGGUUCGUGCAUACAGAGCCCACGACUUUGGUGCUCCCCGUGGGCUCUCCUCCCCCUCUGAGUCGCUCUGGGACGGACCCCAGUAUGACUUCCAACACCUCGACCGUCGGGAUGGUGGCCCCGUCAAGGCAGCGAAGAAACAGCAUGGUGUUGCAACUGAACCUGCAGGGCGCCUUGCCAACCACCAUGACCCUCCCAACGGCACCCCCGACUGCCGCAGGGACACGCUCCGUAUCUAUGGUGUCCCUCAACCAGAACCAGCCAGUGACCACCCACCUGUACCCCAACCUCCACUCUGACACGCAGUCCAUCUACAGCGAAGUCAACUACGGUGCAAGUCACGGCUACGCCAACCCGCCCAUAGGCUCCCAGGCCUCAGCGGCGGGCGUGAGCUACAAAGUGCCCGAGCAACACCAGGCACACAGCAGCGGUACUCCAUCGGGUCUCAUAGACGCGGCACCCCAGCCUGAACACCCUGACACCGAAGAGCCCCAACCCACUGAACCAGAGAAAAAGUCCGAAUGGUUCACUCACACGCUGAGCGAAAACUUGAGCGUCAUCUACGCCGUCUUCUUGGUUAUGCUCGGCGUCGUGAUCUACCUGGCCGACACGUUCAGUGGCCAUGACUCCGCCAUGGCAGAAGGUUUCAACGUGUUUCUCAUCGUGGCCCAACUACUUUGGCUGUUCUACGUUCAUGUGGAUGUCCGUCGCUAUGUCAACCAAAUUUCUCGGGCUCUAGAAGAAGCGAAAGCGAAGCAGACGGACAAAAGCGAGCAGGUGCAGCUGGAGCCAACUGGCGACGGCCAAUACCAGCUGCGCAUCAACCUGCCGGAACCAAGGAGAACCAUUCCUCAGCACUAUGGUUUCACGUCCGGAAGACACGGUGGAUCUCUCUACCUGAAGAUCGGGGCUACAGUUUUCUGUUUUGGUUACCUGAUCCACACCGGCCUGAACCUUGGCCAGAAGAUCUUGUACCUCACUGAAGACGAUCCCGCCUUCGACGAUUGCACCUGUACUACUGACGUUGUAAUGUCUGUGCUACAACCUGUAUACGCCUUUUACCAGCUGUUCUUCAUCUUCAAGUACUCCAAUCUGAUCAUCAACCGUCGCAAGGUCCUUUCACGAUUUGGACUCAUGCACUGCAUCGGUGCCUCUCUCUGUUACUGGAUCUACACCAUCCUCCAAGAGACUCUUCAAGCCAUCUUCAUGAAGAAGAGCUACGCCAACAAGGACAACUACAGCACUGACGGAUCCUCUACAGCCGCUCUCUACGGCUCAGGCUACGACGACGACUCUGACGAAGUAGAUGACGAUGACUCGCACCACUUUUCCGGCACCAAACUCUCCGCGUCCUCCUCGGCGUGGUCUAUUAACUACGGCUGCGAGAAGGACACCAACCUCUCUGACAUGAUCAACUACACGACGCCCUACCUCUACCCCUUCAGCAUUGAGUUCAACAUCCUCAUGGUGGGGUUGUGGAUUCUCCUGUGGGAGAACAUCGGCAAGACCGACCGCCACACCCACAUCCCCUCCGUCGAGGUCACAUACGAAGAGGACAACAGCAAGACCUUGACUUCCAACCUCAUUAUCUACGUUGACUGCCACGCUUCCAACCGCGGUCUGUUCGCGGGUCUCCUCAUGACCGUGGCCACAGUCAUCUCCAUCAUCCUCUUCUUCAUCCUGUCGUCGUCAGAAGAGAGCAAGAUGCUCGGCAAGUAUGUGAACGGCAUCAGCGAAGUGAUCCUCUUGUCGUGCAUGCUGAUCACGGCAGCCAUCGCGUACAACUCCAUACGCGUCUUGGACGUGAUGAAGCACGCCAUCAGCUCGGUGGACAACAUCCUGCUGUACGUGUGCCUGCCGUGCAUCUUCCUUUACGCCUUCCUCAGCAUGGUGCCUUCCAUCAACAACAAGGACUUCCUGUUUGUAUCAGUGUCAGUCCUCCAGGUUUCGCAAGUGAUCCUCCAGACAACGCUCAUCUGUGACGGCUUGAGACGUUGCUCCAACUCCCUGGAGAUUCAGCACAAGAAGCCCGGCCGCGAGGUCAUCACCUACCUGGUCGUCACCAACGUGGCCAUGUGGCUGCUGCAGACCUUCGAGAUCAAGAGCGAAGAAGGCAAUUCCAACAUGUAUGACUUCUACGGCAAGGAGCUGUGGACUUUACUUUCACACUUGACGUUGCCACUCGCGCUGUUCUACCGCUUCCACUCGUCCGUGUGUUUGGCUGACAUGUGGAAGGCAUCAUAUGAGGCCGAGGAGUAAGGUGACUCCCUCCCAUCCGGGGUCACGACCCCUUCCUCACCAUGGACUCAUACCAAGCAAUGGAUUCAUCAUGUUCCACGGAUUCAUUCAUC